UUCCUACACCUCAGAUUCUAACCUAUAUAGGCCUGGGCCUAUCAUUGAUAAUUAUUUAUAUUGGUUGUUACACUACAUUAACCUUUACACAGUGCGAUUUUUUUAUUUUGAAUAGGUAUACCUUCAAAUUGAAAGUAACUUAACAUAAUAACUUAAUCAUGAGUGAAAAUGUUGUAUUGUCCAGAGUCCAGCUUGUUUAAAUAGGCCUAUUCAUUUUUAGUUGUGAUUGACUCUGAUUGAUUAAGGUUAGGCCUAUUCACAAUUUAGUAAAUCAUUAAUCAAGAAUAUAAAAUAGGCAUAGUUAUAAUAAUUAUAGCCUAUUUGUUAUGUUUUACAUUAUUGGCUUAGGUCUGGGAGACCCUCAGGAUAUUACUGUGAAAGGGUUGUCUAUUGUCAAAAAUGCAGAAAGGGUAUAUUUGGAAGUAUAUACCUCAAUUUUAGCUGCAGGGAGAGGAAAUUUGGAGGAGUUCUAUGGCCGUGAACUGCUUCCUGCAGAUAGGGAACUUGUAGAGCAAGGAUCAGAAGAGAUACUCAAGGAUGCCAGCACUAAGGAUAUUGUGUUUCUUGUGGUUGGGGAUCCCUUUAGUGCUACGACCCAUACUGACCUCUUUCUUAGAGCUAAACAAUCUGGGAUUCCAUGUCAAGUUAUACACAAUGCAUCUAUUAUAAAUGCAAUUGGUUGCACAGGACUGCAGUUGUACAAUUUUGGGGAAACCGUCUCAAUACCUUACUGGACUGAUUCUUGGCAGCCCGACAGCUUCUACAGUAAAAUCUGUAGCAACAAAAGUCGCGGUUUGCACACUCUCUGUUUGCUAGAUAUCCGAGUUAAAGAACCGACUGUUGAAAGUUUAAUGAAAAAAAAGCGUGAGUAUGAACCACCAAGAUUCAUGUCAGUCAGUGAGGCAGCAAUUCAACUCCUGCAAAUCAUCUCAAGUCGAGGCUCUGGUGAUGAUAUCUCAGAAAUGACAGAGAUGACCGAGUGUGUAGGUGUGGCGAGAGUGGGGGCGCCAGACCAGCGUAUCUGCUACGGACCACUGCGGUCAUUCCCCGACCUGGACCUUGGUGCUCCCCUCCACUCUUUGGUCAUUGUCGGAACAUUGCACCCACUAGAGCAAGAGUUCUUAUUCAAUGUUGCUGAAACAAUAACAUGAAAUUAAAGUUUUUUAAUGUACGA